AUGGCUACUAUUGAAGAAAUUGAUGAAGCUGAACAACUUAGAUUCUUAGCAUUAAAAUCUAUGGUGAGAAGGUCCACCAAAAAAAAAAAUAUUCCUAACACUGAUCCUGAUGAUCAAGAUAUAUUAUUACUAAGAGCAGCUGCGCUAAAGACAAUUAACAAUAAAAGUUCUCUAGGUAAUAAAGACGAAAAGCUUGGUAAAAAUACAUUAAUAAAUGAAAAAAAAAGAAGUAUAAGUAGCCAGGUGUCUCCAUUAGCAAGUAAAAAAACCAUCAAACUGACUGAUAUGAAAACUAAUAAUUUGGUUAACAAUUUUACUAGCAAUACUAGUAUAGGAAAUACCAUAAGAGUUUCGAAAUAUGAUCCUCAACAAGAAUGUAAAAGUAAGCAUAAGCUUGAAUCGAACAUUGAACCCCAAAGGAAUCCUUUAGUUAUCAAUAAAGAUGACACAAAAAAAGUUAUAAGAAAUGGUAGUAUUCAGCUUUCAAAUUUGGAUUCAGAAAAGUUUAAUGAAACUAUGAUAUUACGUAUAACGUUUAGUUCAUCAGAAAGUGAUGAUUCAUCAAGUGAAUGUGAUGUAGUUAAAAAUAAGGUAACACAGAAGAAGGAUAUUAACAAUGGUGCAUUAAAAUCACCAGUACCAAUACUAAAUGUUGUAGAUAACCAUGUUGAGGCUACUGAUGCUAAAUCAUUAGAAGAUAACAAAUUAAAAGUGAAUAAUUGUAUGCAAAAAAUAUGUGUACUUAUGAGACAUUGUGAAUCAGAAAUUGAAAAACGUAACCAACAAGUAGAAAUAUUACUACAAGCGUAUGAAAAAUAUCAAAACUAUAGUGAGUCAUUGCGUUCCAUACUUCGGUCAAUGAAAACAGUGCGUGAUGAAUUGUCGUUAUAUAGUUCUGCUGACCAUUAG